GAAAAUGCUUGUGAAAAGACUUCAUUUAUGUUUCUACGACAAGAGUUGCCUGUGAGAUUGGCAAACAUAAUGAAGGAAAUAAGCCUGCUUCCAGACAACCUUCUAAGAACACCUUCAGUUCAGCUGGUGCAGAGCUGGUAUGUCCAAAGUCUUCAGGAGAUCCUUGACUUCAAGGACAAAAGUUCAGAAGAUUCAGGAGCUAUUAAUAGUUUUACAGAUACUGUGAUAAAAAUCCGGAAUCGACACAAUGACGUAAUUCCUACGAUGGCUCAGGGAGUAAUAGAGUACAAGGAAAGCUUUGGCAUUGAUCCAGUGACCUCACAGAAUGUGCAGUAUUUCUUAGACCGUUUCUACAUGAGUCGCAUUUCAAUUAGAAUGCUCCUUAAUCAACACUCUCUGCUGUUUGGUGGGAAAAUUAAUCCAGCUCAUCCAAAACACAUUGGAAGCAUUGAUCCUAGCUGCAAUGUGGUUGAAGUUAUUAGAGAUGGCUAUGAAAGUGCCAAGAGUCUUUGUGAUUUAUAUUACAUGAGCUCUCCAGAACUCAUCCUGGAAGAGUUGAAUGCUAAAUCCCCAGGGCAGCCCAUGCAAGUGGUAUAUGUGCCAUCACAUCUCUAUCACAUGGUUUUUGAACUUUUCAAGAAUGCAAUGAGAGCCACCAUGGAACAUAAUGCUGAUCGAUGCAUUUAUCCUCCAAUUCAAGUGCACAUCACGUUGGGAACUGAGGAUUUAACUGUGAAGAUGAGUGAUCGUGGGGGAGGUGUUCCUAUGAGGAAAAUUGACAGACUAUUCAACUACAUGUAUUCAACAGCACCACGUCCACGUGUUGAGACGUCACGAGCUACACCUUUGGCUGGAUUUGGUUAUGGCUUACCCAUAUCACGUCUGUAUGCACAGUACUUCCAAGGAGACCUCAAACUGUAUUCCUUAGAAGGCUAUGGUACAGAUGCUGUUAUUUACAUAAAGGCCUUAUCAACAGAAUCAAUUGAAAAACUCCCUGUAUAUAACAAAGCAGCCUGGAAACAUUAUAAAGCAAACCAUGAAGCAGAUGACUGGUGUGUGCCAAGCAGUGAGCCAAAGGACAUGACCACGUUUCGCAGUAUAUAG